GGCGGAUGAUAUGGAUAAUCCUGAUCCAGAAGACACGGAAUUUUGUAAAUUGAUUUUGGAGUGGGGAUUUUCACAUAAAAUCGCUGAAUUUAAAGCGCAAGCAAUAACCUUGAAAAAUUUGCAAUAUCUGACGGAGUCUGACCUUGCUGAUUUGUUUAAAAACGACACCAUUGGUGCUAGAGCGGAAUUCCGCCAUCAACUCAUAACUUGGAGGAAAACAAAUGGGUAUGGUAGCGUGUCGACGUGCGAUACAGCGUCCGCCAAUUCUGGUUUUGUUGACUUUGUGCAGCAGUGGCGACAGCGGAUCAACAAUGGCAUCGAAUCUCUUUCAUGCUCACAAACAUCCAGUUCAUCUUCGUAA